GACAGUUAUGGGCCACUGCCGGUGCACACAGGGCUGCAGAAAGAGAGGGGCACUCUCAGAUUUCCCGAUCUCUCUCCCAGCCGAGUCCGCUGUGCGCCGCUUGCCUCCACAUCACGGCCGACAGCGGAGCGAGACGACGACGACGACGACGACGAAAUGCACCCGGCGUGCUUCAAUCCCGCAUUCACCUCAUUGAGCCAGCGUCGUCCCGUGUCCACCUAGACCCAGACAAGGAUACACAGCAGCUGUAGAGGGGAAAUGGGAAGAGCCAGCAGAGUAGACACAGCCCAGAUAGACCUGUCAGCUCUGUGACACCCACACAUGCCUCACCCUCGGGUCCAGGACGAGAACAGAGGAGGAAGGGGGAAGCUGCUCGGUCGAGGACAGGUAGAGCGGAGUAGACAAGAGAAUCCGACCAGUGGCAGAGUCGAGACUAGAGCUGCGAAAGGGAUAACGGUCGGGAGAGUCGAUCCUGAGGGAAUGGUGCUGCUGAGAUGACCUGCGUGACCUCACUUUUCUCAAGAAAUCAUUCUCCAAUCAAAAGAGCGCAGCAAAACCUAGCCCGGACAUGGUUGGCAGGUUCACAUGAUGGACAGGUGAUGGAGUCUUCCAUCAUCUCUCUCCGCCACUGACUGUCAGCCCCCCUCUGAGGCAUAAGUGUGUACCAGCAGUCCAAGGCCCCCUAUUUCUCUGCCAUGGUGACAUAAGCAGCGCUGCAAUAUGAGGGAGAGCCAACGUGAGACCGUCUCUUUUCUUUCUCCAGUAGCUGCUGCAGCUGCUACCUCAACACCGUUUGUGUUUAGCUCAAUAACGAGACUGAUUUUGUCGUGAAGAUCCCCUACCUGUGCACCGUUUUCUACCCACACCCAGAGAGACUGACCCCAAGGUGUGUUGCUGGGCCGGUGGGGUGGAGCGGCGCGGCGUGAGACGAUGCUGGGAUGUGUGACACGAGUCCGUCGGCUGGUCCGUCUCCUCCCCCUGCAGACCUCCCUCCUCCUCCUCUUCCUCUUCUGCACCGUCAGCGUCUUCAUCUCAGCCUACUUCCUCUAUGGCGUCAAGCGGGAGCUGGAGCCGUCGGGAGGGGGCGUGUCCGGGUCCGAGGGAGCAUCCGCUGACUCUGAUGACCCAAGGGUCACUCCGUCCCGGCUGCUGCCUUUGCGGAGUGUCUCAGGCGGCCCCGGGGUGGAUCCCGGAGGGGCCAGGACAGAUCCUGUGGUUUUGGUGUUUGUGGAAAGCCAGUAUUCUCAACUGGGUCAGGAAAUCGUGGCCAUCUUGGAGUCUGGCCGGUUCAGGUACCGGACUGAGAUCUCUCCCGGGAAAGGUGACAUGCCCACAUUGACAGACAAAGAGAGAGGGCGUUUCACGCUGGUGAUUUACGAGAACAUUCUCAAGUAUGUUAACUUGGACGCCUGGAACCGAGAACUGCUGGACAAAUACUGUGUGGAAUAUGGAGUGGGCAUCAUUGGCUUCUUCAAGGCCAAUGAAAACAGUCUGCUCAGUGCUCAGCUGAAAGGCUUCCCCCUCUUUCUUCACUCUAACUUGGGCCUGAAGGACUGCACAGUAAACCCCAAGUCCCCCCUGCUCUUCAUCACUCGGUCCGGGCAGCCCCUGCCAGGUCCCCUCCCUGGGGACGACUGGACGGUCUUCCAGUCCAACCACUCAACAUACGAGCCCGUGUUGCUGGCCAAGACCCAAUCAGCGGAGAGUGUCGCAUCGAUGGGCCAGAAUGCUGCUCUGCUCCCGUCUGUGGUGCAGGACCUGGGGCUCCAUGAUGGCAUCCAGAGGGUCCUGUUCGGCAACAACUUGGUCUUCUGGCUGCACAAGCUGGUGUUUGUGGACGCUGUGGCCUUUCUGACAGGGAAGAGGCUCUCGUUGUCCCUGGAGCGCUACAUCCUGGUGGAUAUAGAUGACAUCUUCGUGGGCAAGGAGGGCACACGCAUGAAGGUGCCUGAUGUAAAGGCCCUGCUGGAGACACAAAGGGAGCUGCGCACCCAUGUGCCCAACUUCACGUUCAAUCUGGGCUUCUCAGGGAAAUUCUUUCAUGCUGGAUCUGAUGAGGAGGACCUGGGAGAUGACCUGCUGCUUUCCUAUGUGAAGGAGUUCUGGUGGUUCCCUCACAUGUGGAGUCACAUGCAGCCCCAUCUAUUCCACAACCAAUCUGUGCUGGCCGAGCAGAUGUUGCUCAACAAGAAAUUUGCCAUGGAGCAUGGGAUCCCCACUAACAUGGGCUACGCUGUGGCGCCCCACCACUCGGGCGUCUACCCUGUCCACAUGCAGCUGUACGACGCCUGGAAGAAAGUGUGGGGCAUCAAGGUGACCAGCACGGAGGAAUACCCGCACCUGAAGCCUGCCCGCUUCCGGCGAGGUUUCAUCCACAGCGGCAUCAGCGUGCUUCCGAGGCAAACGUGUGGUCUUUUCACACACACCAUCUUCUAUAAAGACUACCCAGGCAGCCCGAAUGAACUGGACAAGCUCAUCAACGGAGGAGAGCUCUUCCUCACAGUCCUACUGAACCCCAUUAGUAUCUUCAUGACCCAUCUGUCCAACUACGGGAACGAUCGGCUCGGCCUGUACACGUUUAAGAGCCUGAUGAUGUUCGUCCAGACGUGGACCAACCUCAAGGUGCAGACCCUGCCACCUGUUCAGCUGGCUCAGAAGUACUUCAGCCUGUUCCCCUCUGAAAGAGAUCCUCUCUGGCAGGAUCCCUGUGAGGACAAAAGGCACAAGGACAUCUGGUCCAAAGAGAAAACAUGUGACCGCUUCCCCAAACUGCUCGUCAUCGGGCCUCAGAAGACAGGGACGACGGCGCUCUACCUGUUUCUCGGCAUGCACCCUGACCUGACCAGUAAUUACCCCAGCAAGGAGACGUUUGAGGAGAUCCAGUUCUUCAAUGGGCACAACUACCACAGAGGCAUCGACUGGUAUAUGGAGUACUUCCCUCUGCCCUCCAACACCAGUUCAGACUACUACUUUGAGAAGAGUGCCAACUACUUUGACUCUGAAGUGGCUGCUCAGAGGGCUGCGGCUCUUCUGCCCAAAGCCAAGAUCAUCACCAUCCUCAUCAACCCUGCGGACAGAGCGUACUCUUGGUACCAGCACCAAAGAGCCCACGAUGACCCGGUGGCAUUGAAAUACUCCUUCCAUGAGGUCAUCACAGCAAGCCACGACUCUCCAGUCAAACUACGUGUCCUUCAGAAUCGCUGUCUGGUGCCAGGCUGGUACGCCAUCCACCUGGAGCGCUGGCUCAACUACUACCACUCCAGCCAGUUGUUAGUCUUGGAUGGACAGAUGCUGAAGACUGAGCCGGCUUCAAUCAUGGAUAAAAUCCAGAAGUAUUUGAGCCUGGCUAACGUCAUCAACUACCACAAGAUCCUAGCGUUCGACCCUAAGAAAGGCUUCUGGUGUCAGCUGCUGGAGGGAGGAAAGACUAAGUGUUUGGGAAAGAGUAAAGGGCGCAGGUACCCCGACAUGGACCCUGAGUCCCAGGGCUUCCUCAGGGAGUACUAUAGGGAUCACAACAUUGAGCUGUCCAAGCUGCUCUACAGGAUGGGUCAGCCGCUGCCCAGCUGGCUCAGAGAAGAGCUGGUCCACACCAGGUAGCAGAACCACAGAAGGAGCACACAGCUCCGCACACUGAACCACCACUCGACCCCUGCUGAGGGGGGGGGACACUGGCCCAAGUGACCGGAAAGGUUGAAGAUCCCAAAUAGUUUUGAAAGAGACUGAAAUAUUUGGAGCUAGAACUCAAAACUUAACUGUGUUCUUCCCUAAUGAACAGCGGAUGGUGAGCAAGAAGAGCGCGAAGUUGCUUUCAGCGGCUGACAGCUCUCCCCUCUCUCCCUGAGCUUCGCGUUACUCCCCUGCAGGACAAACCAGGACGGUGGACGCCUCAAUGACGCCUCCACUGUGGUCCUGAAGGAGAAGGAAAAGGCUCAGUGAUACACAGGAGAGACCCUCAGUGUUUGAUAAUCACACCCCCCGCUCUCCUUAAUCAAACCUUCUCUUCUUCGCAUGAUCUUGAAAAAUCAACGGAAGGAAAAAAAAAAAAUAAAAGUCAGGCGCUUGAGCAGUCUUGACCACUCUGGGGAAACGGGUGGAAAGGAUGAACACGACAUGACCUGUGUCUCCCUCGAUGAAGUUUGGACUAAAACAGGCAGCGUAAGAUUGACUAAAUGAACAGCAGCCUGGUAGACAGAGAGACAUUUUUUGCAAAUGCCUUUGACAAAAGUGAAAUGUUGGUCUGAGAGGAGAACGGGACGUCUGGCUGCAUGUUGUAGCCUCACUCGAUAGGCCUUGGUAGCCUCUAGUUAUCGCAUUUACAAGUGCCAGGACAGAAUCUUCAUUAAAAUAUUACCACAUGGACUCUUGAGGGUUCUUAUUUUUAAGUUUUUUGUUUUUUCUUUGCUCGGAUCUUUGUUUUAACGUUUCUUUAAUGCUGAUGGCAACGCAUUAUUGUAGAAUGUACCAAAACUAAACAUCUUAGCUCAGUGUCCUCGAUGUGCAGCGGGUCGGUUCGUCAAACUGUUCGGCUCGGGCCUCCUCCGUAGUCAGUUCCAUGACCGUUGAAUUGGCUAAAGCCGAAGCGGUAGGAUAGAUGUUGAAAGCACAAUAUUUGAAGGCACUCGAGUGAACAAACACGAUCCUGAACGUAACCGGUUACUGGAAAGCACACUAACACAAAUGGAUCCUGCUACAAUCUGUGAAGAAGAUCAUAAGCUAGCUACUGUAUGUUGAGUCUUGUACACAACAAGAUUGUGCAUUUCAAAUCUGUUCUCAGCAUUUCUUUUUUUGUUUUGUUUUUUUGUUUUGUUUUUUUGUCAGAACUGUAUAUUUUGUCCUAUAUUUUGUGUCAUUUCAUUUACUAGAUGAGUUUCUAAGUCGGACGAGGAGAACAAAGCUGUCUCUGGGAGGAAAAAAAAACAAAAAACGUUUAGAUUUACCAGGAGAAACCAACAAGUAGGCCCACUGAGACCGUACGGACGUUUGGUUGUCGGUUCAAGGUGUUACCACUGCAACUAGAUGUCAAGCAUAGAUAACAAAAAGCUGCUCUUACUGCAAUAGUUUUGUACAAUGUUCUGAUGUAAUAACAAUGCACAUGUCGGUCCUUUUUAAUUUCCAGACUUUGUAAUGUACAUAAUACGCAAACCCUCAGUAGACCUAAAUUAUUGAAUGUGUUUGGGUUUACACUCUCCAUCAGCCCAUUCCCAUAGUGUGAAAACUGUCAGUGCUGUACUGAGGGAGGGGGGGUGGGGGAGUCUGGAUCAUUUCAUUGUGUCGCUAAGAUUGUUUCCUCUCAUGUCCUCUCACUGCCAACUAUUGUACACAGGUACUGAGUCUCUCCAUAUAAAGUAUUAAGUGAUAACACAUAACAGCAAUGAUGGUACUAAUCUCCUGGACUGUAUGAUAAAGAUUUGUAAUUGUUGUCAAUAAUUUUUACAGUGUAACUAAUAUUGUCGGUGCUUUUUAAUUUGCAAAUAAAACACCACUGUAUUUUUCAGUA